AGCCUCCAGCAAGAGCCUAUGAGAGAUAGCGACGGCGAAGGGGCCGGCGGCGGAGUCCCGCGCUCGCACCCCUCCAACAUCCCUCUGCCGAUGUCGCACUCCGACCCCAACUACUCGGGCACGGACGACGAAUGCUCCAACAGGCAGAGCAGCUCGUCGGCGACGGGCGGCGGGUUCUACAAUGACUACCCGUCCAGCUUCAGCGGCGAGUGCUCGCCGUACAACAUGUCCCCCUGGAACCAGACCAUGGCGUCCCCCUGGUCCCACCACAGCGAGGCGUCCAUGGCCGCGCCCGCGAUGGCGCCCGGCACCAGCCUCAUCAGCUCGCUCGUCAGGGAGGAAGGCCACAUCUACUCUCUCGCCGCCAAGGGCGACGCGCUGUACACCGGCUCCGACAGCAAGAACAUCCGCGUCUGGCGCAAGCAGAAGGACUCCGGCGGCUUCAAGUCGUCCAGCGGCCUCGUGAAGGCCAUCGUCAUCUCCGGCGAGCGCAUCUUCACGGGCCACCAGGACGGCAAGAUCCGGGUGUGGAAGGUGUCGCCCAAGAACGGCCUGCACAAGCGCGUGGGCAGCCUGCCGCGGCUGCGCGACUUCCUGCGCGGCUCUCUCAACCCGUCCAACUACGUCGAGGUGCGCAAGAACCGCUCGGCGCUCUGGAUCCGGCACAGCGACGCCGUGUCGUGCCUGAGCCCCACGGACGCCGGGCAGGGGCUGCUCUACUCCGGCUCCUGGGACCGCACCUUCAAGGUGUGGCGCAUCAGCGACUCCAAGUGCCUCGAGUCCGUGGUGGCGCACGACGACAACGUCAACGCCAUCGUGGCGGCGUACGACGGGCUGGUGUUCACCGGCUCCGCGGACGGCACGGUCAAGGUGUGGAAGCGGGAGGUGCAGGGGAAGGGGACCAAGCACUCGCCCGUGCAGACGCUGCUGAAGCAGGAGCACGCCGUGAACGCGCUCGCCGUGAGCGCCGUGGCGCCGGUGCUCUACUGCGGCUCCCCCGACGGGCUCGUCAAC